AUGGACGGUAGCGGCGGAGCCACCACAGGAAACUGGACGGAGAUGGUAGAAGACCUUGUGCAUAGCGGAGAAAUCGAUCGAGCUGUAUCUUUUCUCGAAUCCAUAAUCCCCAAUCUCGAAAAUGAAGUGGAAAAAGAACAGCUUCAAAACAAAAAUGGUGAAAAAUCCGGCUCUGGCGCAGCUGAUCGGUUGUGCACUGCUCUUGAAGACCUUUCCAGGCUUUAUGCAGCUCAAGGUUUAUCUCUAAGAGCCGAUCAGACUCAGUCGCGUGCGCUCCAAAUCAAACUCAGAAAACUGGAGUUUGGUGUAAGAAAGGGUUCAACAUCCAACGAGAAUGCUGAAGAUCGGAUUUCACAAGAUGGUGCUACUACUUUGGACGGAAUUGCUGAAGAUGGAUUUAGCGAGAAUUCUGAAAAUCUUCACUCUGAUGGCAUCCGACAUGACAGUGGUGGAUGUUUGCCUGGUAUAUCCAAACUCUCUCUCGAGGAAUCAAAAUCUCAACAAACUAAAAGACGGGGACGGGGAACAUUUGCAUACAAGAAGCAGGGCCUAUACAGUGAUAACCCGUCUGAUGAGCCCAUUAUUGAUGAUGACUCUGAAAAUAAUUCUGUGGGUCACGCUGAAGACCCAGAAAAAAGAAACUUAUUGUACGGUACACGUCAUGUCUUGGUUCUUGCCGACUUCCCUCCAAGCACUAGAACAACCGACCUCGAGAAAUUGCUCAAGAAAUUCAAAGAUCUUUUUGUGAUUCGCUGGGUGAAUGACACAACCGCAAUUCUGGUGUUUAGAACGCCAGCUGCCGCUCUCGAGGCUAGCCACUCCAUUGAAUGCCCGUUUACGGUUCGUGCACUCGAAGAAGAUGAUGAACUGUUGAGUGCAAUACCACCAAAAGACCUGGAGCCUCCUCGUAGAAGGCCUCAGACAUCAGCAAGAACUGCUCAAAGAUUGAUUGCCCAUAGUAUGGGAAUUAAGCUGCCCUCUACUUUUGGGUCUUCCGAAUUAAGAAAACAAGAGGAAGCUCGUAAAAAUCGGAUCGUUUCCAGACAGAAUAUGAGAGACGAUGCUUGGGGUAGUGAUGAUACAAACUAG